UUUUUCGAGUUAAGAUCCUUUGAGUAUAGUGCUAACGAUUACCUAACCAAAUCGAGAGCGAAACGCCUCACUUCGAAAAGUUGCAAUUAGUGGUUUGUUGUUAUGGCUGCGGAAUAAGAAGAUUGGCAUUUCAGGCCAAAUGGGAUGCUGUGCGAAUACAAAUUGGGUGAUCUAUAAGUGUCGUGACAUUUUGAACUAAUUGUUUGGCAAUUUCACGGUACACUGCAAUUUCACUCGCAGUUGAGAGUUCACUCACCUGUCACUUGAAAAGUGAAACGCGUCCAUAUCCAUCUACAUCAUCAACACGGCCAAUGCGUACGAACGGAAUCGAAAUCGAAAAACAGAAAUUUCCUCUUCGGCUAAAAAUAUCCGCGGGAAAAAGUGCGCGGCGAAAUUACUUUUGCCUAAUAGCGGCCGCAUGGCUAAGAAAUGUGUGUUUUUCCUUCUUCCCGUGUUUCGGUUUGCUGGCUAAAUAUAUAGAACUUCAUGUUUGUGGACAAACGCAGCAGCAUCGUCGUCUAACUGCGUGUAUCUGUCUGCGGCAAACGGGAAUCGCAACUGCUGCAGCUGGAAUACGAAAGGAAUCCGUACAUUCAUCCGGGAGCAGGAAGUGAAUUAAAAAUCAGUUGAACUAAGAAAACAUCACUGACGAACGCACCAGAAGGUAUUCCAGAGCCAAGCGAACGCUGCUAUUAAACGACAAAUGGAACUGUUUUAGAGACACAUUAAAUCUCAGAUGAAAUUAUUUUCGGACCCAAAAGAAUUUUCGAUGAGCCAGGAGCCAAAAAGCAGCAGCGGGAUCGAUUCAUUUCCUACCACCAUCGCUAGUUGUUGAUAUUUGCUAGCGAGCUGUAACCGUGAAGAGGAGCUAUCAUUAUGAGCUGCUUUGCGUACGAAUGUGAGCUACCUUCCCGGUAAAAAUCCGCCCUAAGAGGCCAGAGAGAAAGACGAAAAUGCGAGAACCAGCAUUUAGUCAUUUAGUGCAGCGGAAUGAAAACUCGCCUUUGUCGUCGCCAUCAACACGACUUGAGCCACGUGGAAAGCAGUCGAAGAAAAAAGGGAAUGGCGUGAAAAGCAUCCGUUGGGAAAGUGCAAGAAGAGGUGCGGAAUUUUAGAGUUUCUGCUUUGAAUACUGGUGAUGUGGCCUGGGUCCUAACCUUUGAUAGGAUUUAGUUAGUAUGCAAUGUAUUCUUGUGUUGGCGAGCAGUGUUACAUGAAAAUACUAAAUAAUUUACUGCGUCGAAAUGCUUGUUUUCGACAUCAUCAACCGUGCUGUUUUUGGGUAGAAAAGUUGUCUCCGGUAGUGUUGCAAAAUGAAAUUAUUUGUUGUGUUAAUUAACCUGGUGUUGUGCUUCAGUUUGGCAUAUCAGCAAGUGGAAACGCGAACCGAAAGCAGUGAAGAGCAUCUGUCCGAUGACUAUGGGGAUUUGUUGUCAGUUGGAAUCGGAAACGAGCGAAAUUUGAAAAAGUCUCAUGUCGCUGCCUUGCUGGCGGACGAUGGAAGUGAAAUUUAUCCUCCCCUCCCAAAUGACGGACCGUUCAGUGAAUUUCACCAGCAACAGCGGAUGCUGCAACAAAUUCAGCAGCAACAACAACAACAACAACAGCAGCAGCAACACCCACAACAUCAUUACGGCAACGCCGUCAAUUAUCGCAAACAACAUGCCCAGCGUUCCGGGAGCAGCAGUUCGCCAAGCUUCGAUCCACGCGACGGAACACCGUACACGCGCGAGGUCGCGGUGAAGCAGGGUCGACUCAAGGGCAUCGUCCGGGUGAUGAGACCGCAAUCAGGCCUCAAAAAUGUCGACCAAUUUCUGGGCAUUCCGUACGCCGAGGCACCGGUCGGGUCAAGACGUUUCAUGCCACCGGGAGCUCCCAUUCCCUGGACCGGGCUCAAGAUGGCAAUCAAAAUGUCACCCGUUUGUCCACAGAAUCUGCCCACCUUGAACAAUGUAAAUAACAACUACUCGAAAGGCAGAUACGAUCAGCUGAAAAGACUGUUUCCAUAUCUAAAGGUUGAGAGCGAAGACUGUUUAUAUUUAAAUUUGUACGUGCCGAGCUACGAUGGAAUUGGACCGCAGGCAAAAUAUCCGGUGAUUGUAUACAUUCAUGGCGAGUCGUACGAAUGGAAUAGUGGCAAUCCAUACGACGGAUCGAUUCUGGCCAGCUAUGGCCGGGUCAUCGUUGUCACGCUUAACUUUCGGCUCGGAAUUCUCGGGUUCAUGAAGCCCGGCAUUAGCGACCAUACGACCAGCAACUUUGGCCUGCUGGACCAGAUUGCCGCCCUCCAGUGGAUCAAGGAGAACAUCGGGGCUUUUGGCGGCGAUAACAAAUUGGUCACAGUCAUGGGCCACGGGACAGGUGCGGCCUGUGUCAACUUCUUGAUGGUGUCACCUGUUGCCAAGGGACUUUUCCAUCGGGCGAUUCUGCUGUCCGGGUCGGCUUUAUCGGAUUGGGCUCUUACGCAACAUCCGCUACAAUCGACGAUGCAGGUCCUGCAGGGGCUCAACUGUCCGCUCAAUGGUGAAAAUGAUGAAGUGGCCGCCUGUUUGCGUAGGAAGCGCUACAGCGAGAUUUUGAAUGUGAAAAUAUCCUCACCGCAAUUUUCGACUCGUUUCGGUCCAAUCGUCGAUGGAUUGGUCAUCCCAAAUACGCCACACAAAGUUAUGGGCCAGUACAGUGACAUCUUUAGCGGAUACGAUCUGCUGUACGGAAUGACCGAGCUCGAGUCCUACAAUGUGCUGAAUGCGGUUGCCUUGACGUACGGUUUGCUGGAAAACGAACGGGACAAUUUGCUGCGGUUUUAUAUGCAAAACCGUUUCGAAAUUCGUCCGGAUCUGGCACUGGCCGCAACGCUUAAUGAGUACACGGGCCUCAUGACCGAUCCGAAUAAAUCUCUAGCAGAUAUUCAUCGGGACACACUGUUGGACAUCCUGUCAGAUGCCCGCGUGGCCGCCCCCAUGAUCCAAACCGGGCUAUAUCUGGCGAAGGUUAACCCCAAAUGCUACAUGUACGUGUUUGGCCACAACAGCGAAGCCGGCGAAUAUGGAAGGCUUUCCCAAAGUGUUGUAGGCGAGGACCUGGCAUACAUUUUCGGCGCCCCACUAGGACAGGUUGGACCUUUUCAGAGCCACUACAACGCCCGGGAACGGUUAUUCUCCGAAGCUGUCAUGAAGUAUUUUUCCAAUUUCGCACAAACUGGCAACCCGAAAGCUCCCUGGAAGGAUUUGUUCCUGAAUCUCAACCCCGAAGAGUGGCGCUACUACGACGUGGAUUGGCCGGAGUUCAAUAGCAUAAAUCAGAGUUUCCUCCAUCUGGGCCUGACGCCGGUAGUGAGUCGGCACUAUCGGCAGCAGUAUAUGAAAUUCUGGAAUCAAAAACUUCCGGAAGAGCUUAAACGGAUUACCACUUCCAAGCCCUACCCACCGUACUCGGAGUUUGUAAGCUCACCGGAUCGGCGGAUAACAACUCCCAAUCCGGAAUUCAUUACCGGUCAUAUUAAUUUGUAUCCCAUUAAGGUUGACAUUGAAAAGCCCACGGAGGAUCCGUUCAAGGCACUGGUGUUCAGAAUGAAAGAUUCCCAAGGACCGGGAGCUGGGGGAGGUGGAGGAGGAAUGGGAGGGGGUGGCCCAGGUGGAGGUGCUGGGACUGGAAUGUACAAUGCGCCAAUUUCCUCCAUGGCUUUGCCACCUGCUGAGGCUCCGAUGAAGGAAAAACCCAAACCAGCCAACGUCGAGCAAGAAGACGAUGCCAAUUCGGACAUGCUGAAGACUGAGGCGUCUCUCACAAUGCUCAUAGCAGUUGCCAUUAUAUUCUUGCUUUUUAAUAUUUUUCUUAUUGUUGGUUAUGUCAUCAAGCGUAACAUUGGAAACAAAAAGAUGCAACGAAAGUUUGAUGAAAACAUUUUGGAAAGUGCUGCAUCGCUAAAUGAAAAGCGUUCAAAAAUGAAUGACGCAGACGAGGGUUACAUUCUUGACAUGAUGCGAAAAUCGAACACAUAUGAACAUGUGGUAAAAGUUAAUAAUUAUACUUUGCCACGCCAAUUUGGAACUGACACGGUUGAUCCGCACACAAAAGUUUGUGAUUGGAUUACUCAAGAUUACGGACCCGUUUGUCCGAAUCAGAGUGAAUGUAAUGAAAGUGGGUCAAUUACCUUGUGCAACAAAGAUCCACUGAAUAUCCCACAAAAAGUUAGUGUAGCAAUUGAUGCUACUCCACAAGCUCGAAGCAAUAGUGUCUUACGCCAGGAACCAAUCGAAAUUACCAAAGCAAAAUCAUUUGAAUAUGCCUCUCCGGAUGAUUACGACGAAAAUGCUAGUCAAAACUCACCAUGCGACUCCGACCUACGACAACAAUGCUCCAGUUCAGGAUCCUCUUACUCCUACAACGAUUACGAUUACAAAAUAGAACCGAAGUCCCAGAAACCAGAUUCGAAUCCGAUUUACAAUAAUUAUUCCAGUUAUCCCUCAGAAGAAGUUACGAGUUUCAUAGAGCCAGGUGAUAUAAAUGUCACUUGCAGAGAAAAAAGUGAAGAGAAAGAUAUUCUUUCUCCAGAAGAAGCACUGAAAGUGAUUCAGAGGAGAAAUUUCCCCAAAGUUCUUCCAGAUUAUCCCAAUGGAGUAGCUGGUGUAUCAUCUUCAAUGAAGCGAAGAUCUCUACCGCCACAAGCCUUUAUGCUAACGAACUCAAGCACGUUAAGGAGGGACCACAGUCGAUUGAUUCCAGCCCCGCCACCAAGAAUUUCGUCAACUCUCGGAAGAAGAGCCUCAAAACACCGUGGCAGCAGCAAUUUCCUUAGUUCUCCUCCGAUAAUGGCAGAAGAACCACCGAUUGAGGAGGAACCUCCGAUAACGCUUAACACUUUACACGUGGGGCCGCUGCUUCCCAAACAUUCAGAAAACACAUACAUGACAAUGUCUAGAACAAGUCCCACGGAAAACGAACCGAAUCCUCCAAGUGAAGAACCUCCGGUCGAUAUUAUUUGUAUAGAACACAAGCCAGAAAGUCACUACAGUUACAUCAAACCCCCCAGUACACUCAAAACCCCUUCCUCAUUCAAAUCUUCCCCCUCGAAAGAGGUGGAACGAUCUGAGAGUCGACAUGAGAUGCAACCCCCCACAGCAAGUGAUCUUUCCCGAUCCCCAAGCUACACGAUUCAACGGGAACAAAGUUCCGAGUCAUCUGCUACUGAUACAACUUCCAGCAGUACCGGAACCAUCAAACAACUGUAAAAUAUCUUUGUGUGUACGUUUUUAAACUCAAACCAUCACUAAUUCCGAAAACCCAACGACUUAGCUAUAUAUCACUGUAGAGUUUAUCACUUUUGUGCAAAGUAUUUAUUUAUUUGAUCCACUUGAAAUCACCCCUUCAUUCGCUCAAUCAUCCACCCACGCACGGGAGAUAACUAUUCCGACAAAUUAUUUAUGAUGUAAACAACGGUGACUCAACCAAAUGAAACGCCGAAUCAAGAAGAAAGAAGAAACUAGCUUUGUAUACCUUUUGUAUUAGUUUUGAUGUCGGCUGUUGGAGGAAUACCUCGAAGCAAACACAGUCGAUCAACAUGAUUACUUUUAUAAAGUUGUAAACAUAAAUCAAGUGAGCACAUCCGAAUCAGCGCACAUUUGCCACGUUUAACUGUUGUGAAAGUUCAAUAAACAGGCGUCAAUGAGAUUUA